AUCGCGCCGCUUUCAAAAUGAGGAGAGCGGGACGUUCUUCGGGUCUGAAGGAGAUUGCAAUGGAUUCGCUGAAUCAUUUAAAGACCGCAUAUAGGCCAAGAUUCUUCAACAGAGAAGGUAAUGCUGAAAAUGCUACUGAUAUACAAGGAGAAAGAGUAUUGGAAUGUGUUCACGACUGUUUUGAAACCUGUACCAAGCAAUUUAUAGAAUGUUCACCCACAGUAUCAUGUGACUCAAGCUUCAAUUUGAAUCAGGUGCCAUGCCAUAGCAAAGAAAAAGAACAGACCAAGUUGAAGUUUGCAAAGGACAAUACCUUUGUUUCACCAGACAAAAUGGAAAAUUUUUCAGGCAGCAAGGUAUCAGAAGAAAUUAAGGAAAACGAUAUCGAGGUGUGUUUAGGAUCACCAAUCCUUCUGGUAGAAAAUGGAGAAGAAGGAGAAGAAGGAGAAGGAGAAGAAGGAGAGAAAUCAUGUGCAGAACAGUUGUGCUUUAAUGAAGAGGGAUUUUCUUUAUCCCAAAAGUUUAGAAAGUCUAAGGGCUUUUCUGCAGGAAAAGAAAUGGAGGAGUUAUGUAUUGAAGAACCAGCUUCUAAACAAAUAAAAAUGUCAGGACCUAUGUUGUCAUUAAAUUCAGCUACUCCAAAGCCAGAAGAGGAAUGUGAAUUUUUGAUAGAGGAAUUUUUUGGUUUGUCUUCUGCAUCUUGGAUUUCAAUUUCUGAAAAGAAGCAAAAACCACAGAAAAAGAAAAUGUUUGCUUCAUUUGAAGGAAACGAGGAAGCUAAGAAGUAUAAUGAAAGAAGAAAAAAUAAAAAGGAGUUGGAAAAAACAGUUAUGCCAACUCCAUUGCAGGAAAUAAAUACAACAUUAUUUAAUGUUGGUGAAAGAAGUUUUGAUGGAUUUCAAAAUGCUUCAAGAAUUAAACAAGUAAUGGCUGUGAAGAAUAAUAAAUCUCAAUUGGUUAGGUCUUUUGUUACCUCCCAAAAAACAAAGAAACAAAUGCAUUCUAAAAAUAAAUAUAAAGAUUCAACAGAAAUAUGUAACAGAAGUUACCCAAUAAGUAGCAAGCAAGCAAAAGGCCUUAUAUCUUUACUAGAAGCAGACCAAGAGUUAUCAGUCCAGAUACAACCUCUAGAAAUUAAAAAACAAAGCUUAUCACAGAAUAAGCUGACCACACUGACAAAAGUGGAAUAUGUAAAACAACAGGAUUGCACAGUCUUGGCUCUAUCAUCAAAGGGCUGCACACAAUCUAAGAAUACAGUUAUUUAUUCUGACAAUUCAGAUUCUAUAUCAAGCUUUAGUCCUGUAGCUCAGCAGUCAUGCCAUAAUACAUCAGUUAAAAAGCCACAUUUACCAUCCAAAAAACAAUCAGGGAUUCAAAAGAAAAAGAAAAGAUCCCCUGCUGGACUUGGGAAGAAAAACAGGCAAUUGGUUUCAAAGGGGAGCCUUGAAGAUGAUCAUGGAGAGGAACACUUAGCUAAAAAGAAGAAUCUUCAUCCUUCUAAGCUAAGAAUUGAGUCAGAGAGAGCAACAUCUCAAAAAGUACGAGAGACUUCUUUACCAAAGCCUCAGAAUAAUGUAUUAUAUCAAGAGGAUUCUUGUGAGCAGCAUGUGGCAAAAAAACAUUCAAAUAUUUCAGUAACACAACAAAAUAAUGAAGGAUCUUUAUCACAUGACUCACUACUUCUACCACUUUGUAAUAAUGAAAUAUUUAAAAGAGAAUGGAAUCCAUUUAAUACAGAUGAUUCUAAUUCAGAUAAAUCUGCAGAUUUGGAGAAGAACCCAGUAUCAAAUUCAUUAAAGCAUAAACUAAUAUUGCCUACAAACACACCCAAUGUUCGGCGGUCCAAAAGAAUACGUAUGAAACCAUUGGAAUAUUGGCGAGGAGAACGUAUUGAUUAUAAGAUAAACACUUCAGGAGACUUGGUUAUUGGUGGAAUAAUAUCCCCUGAACAAAGAGAAUCUAGGAAACCUAAAGUACAAGUUGGUCUGAAAUCUAUUCUAGAGAACGACAAUUUGCACGAUAACUCAAUUUUCAUGGAACAUUUUUUUCAGCCAGCUGUUGUUUUUGAUAAAUCAUCUAAUCAACAAAUUCUUCUAGAAUGCGUGCAUAAUGGUAGUUCACCUGUGUCUUGCUUUAGUAAUGAAAUAUUAUCCAUUUAUAAAUACUUGAAUACACCUUCCUUUGCUUCUGGAAAAAUAAUAUUAAAUCCAUUAAAAGAAAAGGGAUAUCAGUAUUCCCACACAGACACAUUGGUUUUUCACAUUAGUUGUGGCAAACUUCUUCUUAUGCUGUAUGAUCAAAGCUAUUGUUUGACUGCUGGAAAUUAUUUUUUUAUUCCACCAGGGAAUGCAUACAAUUUACGUAAUCUCUUGAACGAAGAAUGUGUCAUCCUCUUCACACAGUUGAAAGGAAAAGACCACCUUGACAACUAGGAAGUAUGCUUAUGGAGCAAUUAAUUUUCAUGCUCAAGAAUACAGAGACAUUUUCUCCAGAAAAUGUUCUGGAGAAAUAAAGAGAAGUUUGAUCCUAGGGAGGAAAGCAAUGACAAAGAUAGAGAUGAUAAUGAAGGAUAAGAAAUUUUGAUGCAGCAGAGAUCUACAAUAAUGAAUGUUUUCCCAAUGCUUACAAACAGUUGAGAAAGCCGUAGAGAAUAUGAAAAAGAAGAUAUGUACACCUGAAUUACAGAUUUGGACAUAUCUACCAGGAACCAAUAUAUUGAUGAUAGAAGAAAUAAAAAUUACGUAAUUUCUUGAUGCAGUGUUAGUGAAUAUGUGCUACACAAGCAAGAGACUGUUUGACAGAAAAAAAUAGAAGAAAAUGACUGAUACUCUGGAUUGAGAGAAUAUUAAUACAGCGAUAAAAAAGAACUGCAAAGAGUUAUCUGAUUGAAACAGAGCAUUCAAUCACAAAUCUCCAGAUCUAGGCCUGAUUUGAUGACACAACAAACUAAAGGCAAUUUUCUCAUGUUAAUUGGACAUAUCAAUGUUAUUUUAUUGGCAAACAUGCAAAUGAUUUGGCUAACUGAGAUAUUUUUCACUCCAGCUCACAAACUAAAAAUUAUAUUAUCUGAAUUUGUCUAGAAGUCAACAAAAAUAUAAGCACUCCACAGAGUGCUUAAAUUUAAUUAAGGAAUGCCGAUGAAUUUGAAAGAGUGAUCUGUUAAUUUUCUAUUGUAAUCAGAAGAAAAUAGAAACCACAUGAUAGAUAAUAAAAUGAAAGUGUACUUCAAGGACAAUUUGAACCAUUUGGUUUACUAAGAUAUAUCUUCAAUUGCUCAAAUUCUGUCCAAGCACUAGUACUAACUACAAUAGCAAACAUUGCUCAGGUUCUAUGAAGUUUAGAUGAGAUAAGGAAGAAAUACAUAUGAAAAGUAAAGUAAUGUUCAUGUCUGUGUGUGAUUUGAUCUAAUCACCUAAGAAAAAAACUGUUAUGGACAUAUUACAAACAUUAUAGGAAAAACUGUUUUACAAGUGUUAUGUUAUUUCACAUUUCCAUACAUAUUAAGCAUGUUGUCUUGUCAAAGUACCGUGAGCUUGGAUUAACUUUUAUUUUUCUCAUUGUGUGCUUCUCUAGUUUAAGUGAUCUGAUACAGCGUAAAGACUGAAAUUAAAAUCUUCUGCCUCAUGUGCUUUUCAAUUGCUUGGCUAGUAAGUCAAAAUAUGUGAUAAAGGCUAAAAUUCAUAAAGAAAUGAACAAAUCCCAUAAUAUAUUACUGUAACUCCAUAGUAUACCUUGGGUGACUAGUCAAUUAAUUUACGUAUAUGACUAGGCCUAAACAGACUUUAUAGUUUAUUCUCUAAACAUGCUUAUAUUUAUACUUUGUUGCACUGUUGAUUGCCUUGGAAGGUACACGAUCUAUGUUAACAAUUUAGUUCUCUCUAAUCUGGGAGUGACUGACUCUUACUUUGAUUUUGUGUUGCUUAUUUAUUUAUUUAUUUAUUUAUUUCGAUUUUUAUACCGCCCUUCUCCCGAAGGACUCAAGGCGGUGUACAGCCAAGUAAAAAUACACUAUAUACAGAUUAAAAGAAAUUAAAAAGAAACAUAUUAUAAUGUGGCCGAAAAUUUAAAACAAUUUAAAAUCUUAAAAUAUAAAUAACCCCAAUAAAAUUUUAAUCCAGUCCCGCUUGAAUAAAUAGGUGCGUUUUCAGCUCACGGCGAAAAGUCCGAAGAUCAGGCACUUGACGUAAACCAGGGGGAAGUUCAUUCCAAAGCGUAGGAGCUCCAACAGAGAAGGCCCUUCCCCUGGGGGCCGCCAACCGACAUUGCUUGGCGGAUGGCACCCUGAGAAGGCCCUCUCUGUGUGAGCGUACGGGUCGGUGGGAGGCAAAAGGUAACAGCAGGCGGUCCCAUAAGUACCCGGGUCCUAAGCCAUGGAGCGCUUUAAAGGUGGUAACCAGAAACAAUGCCCUGUUAGAAUAUGUAAGUAUUUAAAAAUAAUAUUUUAUAUAACAACAACAACAACAAUAAUAAUUAUAAGAGGUUUAUUUACUAUCUUGUCAACAAAGAAAUUGAAAUUUUCUUACUGGACUUCUUUACAGCCAAGUUCACUUUGUACUAUGCAAAUGGUUUUCUCUGAUCAGUGAUUUGAUUCUUAUUAAAAAUCUGAGAAUUUGCUGUCAGUAAAAGCCUUUCUAAUCACAUCUAAGCCGAGGUUAAGUGCUCUUUUGCCAUCUCUCUGUAAUAACUCUGCAUGUUAUUAAACACAAGAUCAAAUUAAUGUAAUUAAAUCAUUUGAAUUUUAUAUAAUUCUUUGUGUAAAAGGCCAUUCCAUUCCUAUUGUCUUUUUUUAGGAUAUUGACUUCAUGACUAAGAUCUUAUUUUAGCUUAAUAGUUUGACCACGAGCUAUUUCUAUUGUAACUUGAAUUUGCCUUGGUUCACAUAUGCUAAAUCAUAAUUAAUUAAAAGGCCCUAAUUGUAUGGGUUCAUAAAUACAUUAAGCCAUAAAUUUACAAAUCAUGGUGAUAAAGCUUAUUUCAUAUGCUACACCCAAACUAAACAAGCCACAUUAGGAUUUAGUGUAAUAUUAACCCUGACAUAGUACAUUUCUAUGCUGGAUUGUUAAGGACAAAACUAUCCAACAAUUUAGUGCAAAACACUAAUGGUAUUAUUAAAUGAUGAACCUUUGAACAAUAGGGGCUGGAAUAGCUCAGGCUGUUAAGAAGCCUGUUAUUAGAACACAGUAGCCUGCAAUUACUGCAGGUUCAAGCCCGGCCCAAGGUUGACUCAGCCUUUCAUCCUUUAUAAGGUAGGUAAAAUGAGGAUCCAGAUUGUUGGGGGGGCAAUAAGUUGACUUUGUAAAAAAUAUACAAAUAGAAUGAGACUAUUGCCUUAUACACUGUAAGCCGCCCUGAGUCUUCGGAGAAGGGCGGGAUAUAAAUGUAAACAAAAAAAAAUCAAUAAAAUAUUUCAAUGCUGAUUGUUAACUGUUUUCUCUGGGCAGAGUAAACAGACUUUUUCUGAUGAUAAGUUUAGAUUGGUGUUGGUCAAUAUAAGUCUUUCAAACCAUGAUUAGUUCAUAUAGUGAUAAUACCAACAUUGUCAACCUAUGCCAUGGUUUAAAUAUAGGGUGAGACUUUAUUAAAAGGAAAUACCUAAUCCUUUGCACUGAAACCUGGUACCCAGCUGCAUAGAAGUUUUAUAUACUUACAUAGGCUAAUUUGAAGAAAUUAUUAGCCAAUCACUACCUCCUGUGCAAAAUUGCUAACAGCAAUUUCAUGGUAUUAGGUUCUUGCUUUCUUUCCUGCAAGAUAGCAGUAAGGGGAACUAACCUGAAUAGGAAUUAGGGAAUUGCAUCUAUAAAAGAAUUGGCAGUAGUGAAUCAAGGCCUUUAAACAAAUAUUUCUUUGGGCAGAGCAAUAAGGCAAUUACUAGUGCUAGGUUUCAAUUUGGAUUGGGUAAUUUAUGGAAUGUGCUGCCUUUCUCUCCCUAAAUGCAGUCUGAGUUAACUGCUUUUACCAGUAUGAAUGGAAGUGUCCAUUUCAAUUCAGUGCCUACUGAGUCUCACAGACAUUUUGGAAACAAAAAUAAAUGGAUCAGGUUGGAGUUGCUGAAAUGUGCAAAGCUAAUGCAAUUGUAGUCAGAGGAUGCACUGAAAAUUUCCAAAAUACCAGUAAUAAGCCUUUGGAUAUGGAAUAAAAAAAAGUUACUUGUUUUGCCUGUAGUCACCAUUGCUUAAGAAAGGUAAUUCUUUUUGAUAGUGUUGUCCCCCUUCUGGAUAUCUUUGCAGGACUCCUAUUGGGUAGAGAUAACUCCCCAUUAGUGAGCUCAGAAUCCAGGGGAACUCAGUCAGUUUUCCAGUCACACCUCUAAAAGACAAAUAUAGAAAUUACAUUUUAUUAAUGUUGUGUUUUAAAGUAAUUUUAUUAAAUAUAAUUACAACAGUAAAAGCUUAUACAAACUAGAAGACAGAAAAAUAGAAAGAGCAAAAGCUGCAAACCAGAAACAAAGAGAUAAAGAAUAGAUAGGAAAAAAAAAAGUAAGAGUAUAGUAAAUAAAAAUUAAAAAAAUAUAGAAGUGAUUUUCAGGCUUCAUUACAAUACAUUUCAUCUGCUCCUAAUUUACAACAAAUUAUUUCUUUCCAUGCUUCAUUUUUUUAUGUAUUAAUUUUUUUUUUUGUUCCACAAAAGUCAUUGGCCAUGCUACCACCCGCCACAUUCAUGAGCUCAUUGAAGCCUGGAACUCCACAAGCAAUUCUAUCAACAUUAACCUACAACCAGCCUAUGAAUUCCUCAGUUUAGUUUAGUUUAUUGUCAUUACACCUUGUACAACAAAAUUAAAUGCCAUCUUCAGUGUACAUAAUACAUAAGAAAACUAUAAAAAUAAAACAAAAACACACAUCCUUUACAUUCUAUACAACUGAAUUGAAAACCCCUAAUACUGCAUAAACAUUACACUAUGCAGUAGAAUUCAGUAUAGGUACUGCUCUGGGAUAGAAGCUGUUUUUCAGUUCUUGUAUUUAUUAUCCUGUACCGUCUGCCAGAUGGUAAUUGUUCAAAAAAAGGGUGCCCAGGAUAAGAGGAAAGGCAGCCAUUAUGUGCUGGAAGCAAUGUGUGAAUAGUGACUGGUCCAUCUCAUCUCGAUAGGCAGAUUUAUCCCCACUAUUUUGGAACAAAUAGACUUAUCUCACCACUGUUGUAUCAUCUGCAAAUUUACUAAUAGUAUUACUAGCGUGAGUGGGAAUGCAGUUAUUCACAUAAAGAGUAUAGAGUAAGGGACUCAACAUGCAACCCUGUGGUGUACCAGUGUUAAGAAGAAGGGCCAAGGAGGUAUGAUUAUUUUUAUUUAUUUAUUUAUUUAUUUUUAUUUAUUUUGUCAUAGCAGUGUAUAUAAGCAUUAACAUGAAAUAACUAUAUAACAUAUAAGCAUAUAUAUGAGCAUAAGUAUGUAAUAACUGUAUUAAUUGGAUAUAAUGAAGAGGAACAAUAGGACAGGGAACGGUAGGCACAUUUGUGCUCUUAUGCAUGCCCCUUAUAGACCUCUUAGGAAUGGGGUGAGGUCAAUAGUAGAUAGUUUUUGGUUAAAGAUUUUGGGAUUUUGAGAAGAGACCACAGAGUCAGGUAAUGUGUUCCAAGCAUUAACAACUCUGUUACAGAAGUCAUAUUUUCUGCAAUCAAGAUUGAAGCGGUUAACAUUAAGUUUAAAUCUAUUGUUUGCUCUUGUAUUGUUGUGAUUGAAUCCGAAGAAGGUUUCAACAGGAAGGACAUUGCAAUAGAUGAUUCUAUGAGUUAAACACAGGUCCUGUUGAAGGCGGCAGAGUUCUAAAUUUUCUAAACCCAGGAUUUCAAGUCUGGUGGCAUAAGGUAUUUUGUUGUAUUCGGAGGAGUGGAGAAUUCUUCUUGUAAAAUAUUUCUGGACACGUUCAAUUGUGUUGAUAUCAGAAAUGUGGUAUGGGUUCCAAACAGGUGAGCUGUAUUCAAGAAUUAGUCUAGCAAAUGUUUUAUAUGCUCUGGUUAGUAGUGUAGUGUAGUGUAGCUACGCA